AUGUGCCAAGGUGGUGAUUUCACUCUGGGCGAUGGCAGAGGUGGCGAGUCGAUCUACGGCGAGAAGUUCGCUGAUGAAAACUUUGGCCUGAAGCACACCAAGCCCUACCUUUUGUCCAUGGCCAACGCUGGUCCUGAUUCGAACGGAUCUCAGUUUUUCAUUACCGUUGCGAAGACCCCGUGGCUGGACGGCCGUCAUGUUGUUUUCGGACGUGUCUCCAAGGGCGUUGAUAUUGUGAAGAAGAUCGAGGCUGUAGGAAGCCAGAGUGGCACUCCAAGUGCGAAGGUUGUGAUUGUCGACUCGGGUGAACUGCCACUUGAGAAAGAAGAGGGAGCUCCUACUACUGAGAAAGACCAAGAAUUGUGA